AUGUCAUUCGGGCUGGAGAAGUGUAGUCGGAUGGUAACAAAGAGAGGGAAGGUAGUCAGAACAGAGGGGAUCAAACUACCGAAAGGCAACAUUGCAGACAUAGAGGACAGUUACAAGUACCUGGGGAUCCCGCAGGACCAACGUGGACUGAGAAGUCAGCGCUCUCAGGAGGCCGAGAAACCUCACAGAAGAAAGGGAGAGAAAAAAUACAGCUGUGACGAGGUUGGGAAAGAUUUUACCGUAAAAGCUUCCCUAAAAAUGCAUCAGGUCAUCCACACUGGAGAGAGACCAUUCAGCUGUGGAGACUGUGGAAAGUCUUUUACGCAGUCUGGAAACUUAAAAUUGCACCAACUCAUCCACACUGGAGAGAGACCGUUCAGCUGUGGAGACUGUGGAAAGUCUUUUACGCAGUCUGGACACUUAAAAACACACCAACUCAUCCACACUGGAGAGAGACCGUUCAGCUGUGGAGACUGUGGAAAGUCUUUUACCAAGUCUGGACACUUAAAAAGACACCAACUCAUCCACACUGGAGAGAGACAAUUCAGCUGUGACGAGUGUGGAAAGUCUUUCAUGCAGUCUGGACACUUAAAAACACACCAACUCAUCCACACUGGAGAGAGACCAUUCAGCUGUGACGAGUGUGGAAAGUCUUUUACCAGGUCUGGAAACUUAAAAACACACCAACUCAUCCACAGUGGAGUUAAAGCGUACAGCUGUGAUCAGUGUGGCAGAGUUUUUACUCACAGUAACAGCUUACAGAGUCAUCUAGUUACCCACUCUGGAAUUAAGGCAUACAGCUGUGACAUUUGUGGGAAAACUUUCAGCCGGAUAGGCAGCCGAAAUACACACCUACGCAUUCACACCGGACAUGAUGUGUACUGCUGUGAUCAGUGUGGCAAACAGUUUGCUAUAAACAGAGAGUUACAAUGUCACAUGUUUACCCACUCUGAGGAACGACCUUAUAAAUGUGACCUGUGUGAGAAGACUUUUAAAUCUCCAUAUUACCUGAAAGCACACCAAAAGAUCCACACCAGAAAAACUCUACAAGUGCAGUUACUGUGAGAAGCAGAGCGACACAGAUGGAUCCAGUUCUCAGCCCUGUCAUCACUGUGGGAAAGACUUUUUUUGUGACCUUUGUGGAAAAACUUUCAGUCAUCGAAGGACUCUGAAAAUACAUCAACGUAGACACACUGGAGACAAAAUGAACUACGGCAAAGAAUGUGGGAAAGGCUUCACCACUUCAAAGGACUUCAAACAACAUGAACUUAUUCACAGUGGGGUUAAAAAGCACGUCUACGAUCAGUGUGGGUCAUCCUUCACCACUUCACAAACGAUUCCAUGUUACAAAUAACCUGUUACGUCUCGAUUCCUGCUUUUAAGUAAAUCUAGUAAGCAGUACAUUUGCAUAACGACUGAAACCAGCCCAAUGAAUGAACAAUGGGCUGUGAGGUCAAUUUCUUGAUCAUUAAUAUGCAAAUUCUUAUGACCAUUGAUCAACAACCACUGGUCAAUGGCCAUGAGUACCAUUCACAGAGUAAAGAUUUGCAUAAUGAUUAGGAAGGAACUGUUUUACUGUUACCAAUGUUCAAAAACAUUUACUAAAUUAUCUCCUCUGUGCAAACAUCAGCCUAAUCAUCCAGGACUGAAAUCAUUGCCAUCUCUGGAUCACAGUGAAUCUGCAGAGACUGAAAGAUCCUCUUCUGGUUUCAGGCUCCACAGAGUUCAGGUGGAGUCUCCUGCAAAGAUCUGAUGAGGCAGCUAUGAAUGAAAAUGUGCCUCGUUACAUUUUAAGCUUUCUAAACUGUUCUACUGUAGUCUUUGUGUUGAGUGGUUUGCUUUGUUCCAGCA